GAAAUGUCACACGUCAAGUGUCGUAGUGUAAACAAAAAGUACGUGUUUAUUUUUUUUGUUGCCUAUUUUAAAAUAUUAUAAAUAAUGGUGCAAUGAUUUGCAAAGCACACAAUAUUUUCAACAGUCAAUUCAUCAGGAUGAGUUUUUAUUCUACCAUUGCCGACUACGUUCGGAACUUAUUGGACUAGUCAUCAGUGACGAUGGCGCCACGGGCAAAGAGAGCUAAAAUCUCCAAAUACAGGGACAUCGAAUCGCUUCUGAAGAAAUUAAAAUGGUGCAAGCCGAACUGGGCGUAUCUCGAGAUGUCUCCGGAGGCGGCCGCAUUGUUGGACGCACCAGCACCGCCCUCCCAGCUCUCCCACGACCUAGAGGAGGUGAUCAAGAGGAGCAAUGCGUUCCCGAUACCUUUCCCCAUAUCUACCAUGAGGCUUGUGGAGUUGAAGAAGACGAGGCCGGUGGAGAGGCUGCAGAGUAACAUCGAGUCCACGUACCCGGUGGUGCAUGAGCGACUGCUGCGGCUGAUGGCUCACUUCAUACUCUACAAGAGGGAGUACGGCAGUGACGUGGAGAAGCAGUUAUACAAGGAGAUGACGGUGCCGCAGCUGAUCGACAGGAUCCUGCUGAAGAGAGCCAUCUGCUUCAUCGGCCCGAGGGACAAGUACAACCUCAUCACCCAAGAGUCCGGGGCCGGUUCGUGGGAGUCGGUUGGCACGGACGACGAGAAGCCCCCGCUCGUGCUGGCCAACUGCCUCAGCUACGACGAGAUCAAGCUGUCCGCGUUGCUGUGCGUCAGCGGGCACACCGAAUGCAUCAACGACGGCACGCGACACAACAGAGGCGAGCCCAGCGAAGAUAUCACGCAGAACGCUGUCAUUAUCGGUUGUGUCGGCCCUCGCUUUCAACGUCCCGGCCGUAUGGACUGCGAAGAGAUUUUGGUCCCUCGAACAGGGAGUGUUGCGUGGCGUCUCCUGUGGGACACCUUCUUUGAGGUGAAAGACGAUCCGGAAGUAGAUAAAUCUUCAUUGGCGAUCGGCUCCCGCGCCGGCGACGAGCGGCUCUACACCGAGCGGUACGUGCGCAUCACUAAAGAAGACCUGGUGUUUGACAACGAGGCGUUCUACAAACGGAUCGCGUUGCUCGCGGAAACCGUGUUGUUGGAGGCCAACGAGAGGGCCCGCGUUGACGGGAGACCGGCGUUCGUUAAUGUCAUUGGAUGUGGUCUGGGCGUGUGGCGCGUGUCGCGUCACCAGGUCGACGUCUACGUGUUGACGUUCGUGGAGCGUGCGCGUGCGCUGCUCGCCGCAGGCCUACUCGAUCACGUCGCGUACGUCAACUUCUCCUACAUACAACCCUCGCCGGAUAUCGCAGCGCUGUUUCAAACCAACAUUAAAAAGGAGAAAUUUGAUUCGGAGUCGGCAUUGUUUUUGGAGAAAAGCGAACACCCAGAAGAGGGCAUCUGUGUGUUGGUGGAGAAGCGGGAGCCGUCCUCCAAGCUGCUGGGCGCCAGGGCGCGGUGUCUGCUCGUCAUGAUGUACGCUUGGGACGGAAAUGCGCACCCGGGCAACGAAUUCUGGCGUGGUGCGCUAGGCUCCUCCGGUGACCCGGCCGCGGCGUGCAGCACGCAGGUGUCGGAGCUGCACAACGCGCACGUGAACGCGCACGUGCGCGCCGCACACGCACGUGUCCCGAGCGAGAACGGCGUGCGGACCUUGUACGGCACACUGCCCAGCGUGCAUGCAGUGUGACCUCACAACAUACUAGUACAUUUACAUCGCAUUAGCUUCAACUGUUAUGGUGUUAUAAUAUAUGUAUAAAUAAAUAAAUAAAAAAAUAAAAAAAAAUCUAUGCAAUGUCUCUGACUAUGUGGCGGUACAAUCAAUACAUACACCGCAAUCUCGUCAACAUCGCCGGAACUGCAAGAUGAUCCGAUGCGUUGACAUAACUGUAGUGAUAAAAAGCAAUCACCAUAGAUGGCGACAGACGAUCCUGAAUUACGCUGGCACAAUUUGAGCGACGCGUUGCAUAUAUACCACCUCCGAAUAGAAACCGCCGGCGGGGCCGCGGACGGUCACAGGAAACAUCUGCCCGACUGGGAAUCUUCCCUUUCCAUAAAGGAACGUAACCAUCUGUUCCUCUACAGCGGUGUCUAUCCUUACUCCGCUAAAACUAAAUUGAGAAUAACCAGUGCAAGGCUAGAGAUAUAUUUUAGACAAAAUUACCUUGAAGUGAAAUUAAUCCGUGAUGAGUUGGGGAAGUUUAGAAAAAGGUCUUCAAUAUGUAAUUUGAGUUCAUUUAUUAAAAAUGUAAUAUUUGUUUUAUAAGUCAGUGGUCAGCGACAGGCCCAUUGAAUUGAAUUAAAUAAGAUAUUUCUGGCGAUCAAAUGCAAUAAGUACAUGGUAAGGUGGUGAAGUAUGAUGCGGUCAAUGUAAUAUCUUCUUACCUUGAAGAUAGAUUUAGGCCGAUUGCAUUGUAUGUACCAUAAUUACUGUGUACAUAGAGACACUGUAUAUAUAGUUUCUCGUAACACGUUGAAUGCGGCUCACUCAUUGAAUUUCUUCGAGUUAAAACUGUAAAUAUACACGCUGCUUGUAUUAUAUUGAAUAAAAUGUUGAUUCAAUUAGACAAAUUGUAUAAAAGUGAAAAUAUUAUAUUUACCAAAGUAACUAGAUAAUUACUUUGGUACGUAUAAUAUUUACAUUUUCAGUUGUGAAAACGCUCCAGACACUUAUCAAUCUAUAGUUUAUAUACUGUUUUUUGUAUUUAAUGAUCUUAGAAUAAGUUUUGUUAUUUUUAUAUUGUGGGCCUUAUUAGUGAUAGCUUGGGCGAUACAUAUGACAAUCUAUGGAUUCCACGAGGUUACGGAAUACGGAAUAAGGAAUCAUUUAGAAAUAAUGAUUCCAUGAUUUAAACCUAACUCGACCACAUUUUCAGUUUCUUUUAAAACGCAAUAGGUGUUACAAAAAAAUAAUAAUUGUGGAAUCCUAUUUAUUAUAUUUAUUUAUUGACAUCAAUAAUAAAUAAUUAACAUGAAAAUAAAUGUGACUAUUAAUAUUCAAUAUUUUUAUUCAAACUUGAAGUUACCUCAUGGUAUUUAACCUCUAAGUACAUAUGGGGUAAACACAUCUUGUAUAACAGAUUAGUAAAGAAAAGAAAUGAUAUGUUAAUGUUAAAUUAUUUAUUGUAAAUUAUAUAAGAAUCAUUGUGUACGCACCUUGUGCAUGUUACUUUUGUAGGCAAAGCCAUAAAAAUAUUUUUAUAUGAAAUAAAUAUAUACUGAAUGAUA